UACAUUGGGAAAUAAAGCCUGAAUGAAUAAAAAGUCUGGAAAGUGAAAAGCAUGCUUUUGUUUUUAACCUGACUUCAUCUUGUUGCAGGGAUGCAGGUGUUGGAAUGGAAUGGAGUUCCGCUAACAGGGAAGACUUAUGAAGAAGUGCAGUGCAUUAUGGGCAAGGCUGGUGCAGAGGCGGAGCUCUGUGUGAGACUCAGUGACCUUAAUAUGCUGUCUGAACCUGAGCACCCACAGGCCCUGGAUCACCAUAUCCAACUCAAGGCUGCAGGAGGUCAGCGAUCUCCUGGUGUGGAUCCUAAACAGUUAGCUGCAGAGCUCCAAAAGGUAUCCCAACAGCAAACUCCUGACAUAGCAGGAACAGGGCCUGGGGGCUUCGGAGUCCUGUCUGCGUUGGAACGCUCGGCCCUCCUCCACUCGGGCCCUGGGUCAGCAGCCUCCAGUGGGGUUCCAAGCCCUGGGCAACCGGGAUCCCCUGCCAUCAACAAGAAACAACGCCACAAGCCAACAGAGGUGAUGAAAGCACCUCAUCCCAUUACUGGAGAAAUUCAGCUCCAGAUUAACUAUGACAGAAAUCUGGGAAACUUGAUCGUACAUGUUCUGCAGGCAAGAAACUUGGCCCCCCGAGACAAUGACGGUUACUCUGACCCUUUUGUGAAGGUCUACCUUUUACCAGGGAGAGGCCAAGUCAUGGUUGUCCAGAAUGCAAGUGCUGAUAACAAGAGAAGGACCAAGUAUGCACAGAAAACAACAAAUCCAGAAUGGAACCAGACUGUCAUCUACAAGAACAUCCAUUUGGAGCAGUUAAAGAAAAAGACACUGGAAGUAACAGUGUGGGACUAUGACAGAUCCUCCUCCAAUGACUUUCUUGGAGAAGUUCUGAUUGACUUGUCAAACACAGCUCAACUGGACAACACUCCCCGCUGGCUGCCUUUGAAAGAGCAGAGUGAAAGCAUCGAACAGAGCAGAAGUCACCAUGCUUCCCAAGCUCCACCAGGGUCUGGGUCAGCACAGGGUCAUGGUCAGGGACAUUUCACAGGUCAGGGUCAUAUGUCAGGAUCUGGACAGGGACAUGGAAUGGGACAAAGUCAAGGACCAGGACAGGGAGAUCUGAGUCAUGAUUCACCUAAGAACUCUGUGAUCAAGAGCAGAAGCCAUGGAAUCUUCCCCGACCCAGCCAAAGACAUGCAAAUGUUACCUUUGGAAAAGUCCCACAGCAGCCCAGGCAGCUCCAAGUCUUCCUCUGAUGGCCAACUGCGCUCGCAUGGCCCAUCCCGAAGUCAAAGCAAGAGUAGUGUCACUCAAGCCCACCUUGAGGAUGCUGGGAUAGCCAUUGCUGCCGCAGAGGCUGCCGUGCAGCAGUCCCGUCUGCAACCAAGACCGGGACACCGACUAGGUGACGUCUCAGGGUCAGUGGUGCUGUCUGCCCCAAGCCUUGUUGGAGAUGCCUACGGUGGUAUGGAUGGGGAUGAAGGGGUGGGCAUUGGAGUGGACAGUGCCAUUUUUCAAGUCCCACGGAUUGGUAAGACUAUUCCUAAUGGUACCGACAAAAACCAACAAAUCACUCCAGAAAAUGAAGGUGGUAAAACUCAAGUAAUUGGGGAAAUUAAGGUUGCUCUUAAGAAGGAGGUGAAGACGGAGGGAGACCAGCUGGUCCUAGAAAUCCUUCAAUGCAGAAAUAUCACUUAUAAGUUCAAAAGCCCGGAUCAUCUGCCAGACCUAUAUGUCAAGUUGUAUGUGGUGAAUGUAGCCACUCAGAAAAGGAUCAUCAAGAAAAAGACCAAAGUUUGUCGACAUGACCGAGAGCCUUCCUUUAAUGAGACCUUCAGAUUUCCCCUCAACCCAACGGGACAUUCAAUACAGCUUUUCUUGGUGUCCAACGGUGGGAAGUUUGUGAAGAAGACUCUGAUAGGAGAAGCCUACAUCUGGCUUGAUAAGGUGGACAUGAGGAAGAGAGUGGUCAGCUGGCACAAACUGUUCGUCAGCUCUAACCUGACCAACCCUUGAGUGCAAAACAGUCGUUUGAAAGAAAUAACAAGCAAAAAGGAAGGAAGAAGGCAAAAGAGUAAGAUAACAGAAACAUUAAAUAAAUGAUGUAAUGAGUUUAUAGAUCUUUAGAUGAAGGGAACUAUGUGACGAUAACAUUGCAUGUCUUGCCAGUCCAACACUGCCAGCGCACGUUUCCCUCUUCUAAUAUCAGUUUUCUUUAGACUUUGCUUGGAUGCAAACAUGCAAAGGCAGUUACUGAUUGAUAUUUCCCUGCAAUAUGGCUUAAAGACAGUUAUGUUUUUGAUAACAUAGUUCAGCUGUGUGAUCCAUAGUAAUAAUUUUGAUAUUGCACGAGGACUUCACCAACUAACUUAAGAAAAAGUUUGAAAAUUUAAAUUAAUUUAAAAAAAAAAAAGUAUGUAAUUGUUAUGAAACUUUACAGACAUCAGUGGUGUGGGACGCAUAAUUAUUUUUUAAUGACAUAACUUCUAAUCUAUGUCGGAAAAAAAUAUGAGACUGUUGAACUUUUGCUGUGGGAUAAAGAUUAAUUGUACAGCACUUCUAACAUUUCUGUUAUCCCACAUGCAGACCACAGAGCAUAUCAAAGAAUUGUACAGUGUGAUAUAUAUUAAAACCUUAAAAUUAGCAUAUACAGAAUAUAACUAAAUGCAACACAGAGUAUAAGAGUUAUUCUCUUGUUGUCAGAUUAUAUUAUCAGACAAUAUCAACAAAAGUUCUAGGUUGAGGCAGUGGGUGGUGCACUGACAAUCCAGUAAUCUAAUGUAAAAGCAGUCCUCAUAACAUUUAGGUGAAUAUGGACCUUUGUGAGCUCAAGGUAGGCCAUAUUGUCACACUGAUGCACCUCUGUGUUGAACAGGCCUCCAAUCAUGGGUCACGUCAACAUCAACGGAUAAAUUACUAUACCACAAGCAUCAUAUUUAGGGGGGGGGCUAUAAGAAAGAAUAGCAUCUUGCACAUGCUGUGUUGAAUGUAACAAAUGUUACAACUGUUCAGAAUGACAGAUGUUUACACAUCUGUGUCAUUUGUGCAACAUUUUACUCUUAGUUUGCUGCAGUUUUCUUUCCUCUACGUAGGUCUCUUCAUGUUAUCACUGUUGCUAUGGACAUGUAAAUUAUCGAAAUUGUGUCAAAACCACAUGUAAAUCUAAAAAGCUCUCUGUGUGUCUGUGUGUUAGCAAAGCCCUUCUCUUUUAGCUUUAUCUGGAAAUAAUUUCAAAAUGUAGAUACAAAAAAAAUGUCAAAUACUCCUCUGUGUCUCUGGCUAUAAAACACACAAAAAACGUUUUGUCUCAGUGACUCCUGUUAAACACAGUGGACCAGCAUCUUUCACUGCCUGUGAUCAGAUUAUUUUCUCAGGCAUGAUCAGGGUCAGAGGAACACGUAGAGCCAAGUCUCAGUACUCAUGUGUAUGCAGGGGACCCAUGUAUGUACGUUCUUGUUCAUAUUUUAAUAUUUUGCAACCGCAUCAAUAAAAUCAGAAAAGAAGAUAAAGAAAACAAUGUGAGAAAAAAAUUAAAAGAGAAGUACUGUCAGUGUGUUUAAUUGUAAAGCAGGGCUGAUACAACUUUCCA